AUGGCAGCAGCCCGAAUACAUUGUUGCAACGCAUCUCGCAUGGAGCUAGAUCCUUCAAGUGGUGGAGAACUGGAUGAGCUAAGAGGAGAUAAUGAAGACGGAGGAGGCAUCGGCAGUGGUGGUGGUGGUGUGGAGAUGGUGUUGAGGAUGAGCUCAGACAGCAGGAGCCCGGUGGGUCGCAAGAUCCGUACUGAAUCUGAUGCACCUUACAGAAGGGACCACCGGGGUUUCAGCCAGAGCGAUUUGUGCAAAAACUGGAAGCGGCCUGGUCAUUAUGCUAGAGAAUGUCCUAAUGUGGCAAUCUGUCACAAUUGUGGUUUUCCAGGGCACCUUGCGUCAAAAUGCACCAUGAAAUCUCUAUGCUGCCGAGAGCCUGGUCAGGCCGGGAGUUGUCCGAAUGAGGGCAUCUGCCACACUUGCGGCUAGGCGGGCCACUGCGCCAGAGACUGCACCACUCCCCCAAUGCCACCUGGUGACCUGAGGCUGUGCAACAAUUGCUUCAAGCAAGGCCAUAUUGCUGCUGACUGUACAAAUGACAAGGCGUGCAAAAAUUGUAGGAAGACUGGUCACCUUGCUCACGAUUGCCGGAAUGAACCUGUUUGCAACUUGUGCAACAUUUCUGGGCAUGUGGCCAGGGAAUGCCCAAAAGGCAACGCUAUUGAAGAGGGCAGCGGUGGUUAUGUUUGUAGAGAUAUUAUAUGUCGGAACUGCCAGCAGCCGGGCCAUAUGAGCCGGGAUUGCAUGGGUUUGACGAUCUGCCACAACUGUGGGGGUAGAGGACACCUUGUGUACAAGUGCCCCUCCGGAAGAUUUUUGGACUGA